AUGUCUUCUGUCCUGAAUCUGCUUUGCAAGCUCUUUCUGCUUUUUGGCAGCCAAAUCCUUAUUUCUCAGUCUCUCCAGAAUGAUGUUGUCUGCUCCUUUACACAGCAAACAUAUUCUUCCAUCAGGAAACUUGACGAUCACGGACAUUCUCUUACGAGUGGAAGUGAAGUCUAUCACAUCCAACACCUCGUAUUGGACUUCGACCGGUUCUUUGUCAAAUCCGUCUGGAUAAGUUUUCAGAGACAAAAUGCGAUUUUUGCGAUCGUACAGAACAUAUCCCAGGUCGCUUGCGGCCGUUAUGAGAGCCAGCUCGUCCGGAGAAGAUGCCUGGUAUUGGAUCUCUAUUUCAUCAUCGUCAUCUUCGUCUUUCUCAGUAGGACCAACUCCCAGUUCAAUAGGAAUACUUGCAGUAUCCAAAAUGCUGCUACCGGAACCAGGAGGCAUCUCUCUGCAUACCUUCUUGGGCAAACACGAAUGACAAAGUGCCAGAGAAAGUAG